GCAUCGUCGAGCGGCGUCUCGGAGCAGGUCGCCGCGACGACGGCGGCCACCGGCCACGCGACGCCGAUCCGCGAGGACCUCGACAAACCCGAGGACUUCCACGAGCCGGACAAGAAACGACGUAGGACGACGACGCGGGCCGACGACGCCGCCAAGACCGAGCAGAAGUUGGAGCACCGCCUGGGCGGUAUCCUCUGCUGCGCAGUUUGUCUCGAUCUGCCACGAGCGGCCGUCUAUCAGUGUGCUAAUGGACACUUGAUGUGUGCUGGUUGCUUCACUCAUGUCCUCGCAGAUGCCAGGCUUCGGGAUGAAAUGGCAACAUGUCCCAACUGCAGAAUCGAAAUCAGCAAAACCAGCGCGUCCCGAAAUCUGGCGGUUGAGAAAGCCGUGUCUGAGUUACCUGCCGAAUGUCAAUAUUGCGCGAAGGAAUUCCCGCGAAAUUCCUUGGAGCACCACGAAGAGGCUACCUGCGAGGAGAGGAUAUCUAGUUGCAAAUAUAGUAGAAUCGGCUGUCCGUGGCGAGGCCCGAAUCAUGAAAUUCCGGAACACGAGGCUCACUGCGUUCAUCCUCAUCGUACAGGUGCGGAUGUGAUGGAAGCUUUACGCGAAAUCGAUGCCCGCACCUUGGAAGAACGUAGGCUCUAUGACAAUGUCUUUGAUCUUUUGUCCUACGAGAAAAUCACAUUUAACGAUUUACAGAUGAAGCCGUAUCGAACUGAUGAAUUUGUUCACAAACUAUUUUAUGAAACCUCACGAUUCGGUGCUUUCAACAAUCAAUGGGUAGUGAAGGCGAAGAUCAAUAGUAGUCAACGCGAUCCUACGCAAAGUUCAGAGCGAGACAUGACUUAUCAACUGAUACUAAAGACAAAAACCACUUAUCCGCUACCGGUUUAUUACUUGAUCUUGAAAGGCCCGUUCGGCGACAUGAAAGUGCAUCCGAGAAUUCACAGAUUCGAGUUCACCGAACAGGAAAACGAAAGUCCGUAUUUUACAUUACCACUACCGGAUACGGCAGAAUGCAAUAGACUUCUCGCUGCUAAAGCCAUCAGUUUUAGAUUAAUAAUGUUCCUGGCAUCUAAGUAGCUUACAAGGAUAUUGUCAAGAUUUUGUCACAAAUGGAACAGAUUAAUGCGGUCUUCUAGAUGUAAUGAUAAAUAAGAAUGAUAGAGAUCACAGAGAUUUAUAACCAUUUAUAGUAGCGAUAAUCAUGAUAAUGAUAAUAAUUAGCAAAAGAAAUUGAAGAUGCUUUUAUCAUUGGAAUGUUUAAAAAUAAUAUGUUGAGAUAAAGAUAAAUUAUAUAUAAUAUUA